UAAACUGUCACGUCGAAAAUGUGACGUAAGAUACUACUUCCGCAUUGGUCCAGUUUACAGUAUAUGACACUCACCGAGUGCCCAGAGGCGGUUAAUCUCUCUUCGGUAGUGUCUCUGAGGACAGUGUUACACGGUUCGAGCUGGACUUUUCCCAAUGUGUAGUGUGCCUGGGAGAAUUUACUUUUUUUAAGCAGUGUGUCCUGAAAUUACAUUUCAAAUAUAUAAUCGGAUCCAGGUAGCACAAUGUCGGGAUACGACAGGAACCCCUUCGCGGACCCGGAACUCGACAACCCUUUUCAGGAUUCGUCGGUGACUCAAGCAAGACAGACGACUGCGGCGACGGCAGCGUUAGACGAGUACAAUCCCUUCACAGACGCCAAAACUACCACAACAAUGGCGGCCAAGCCCGUGGUUCCCACGCAGCCCGCCAUCAUGAAGCUCACAGAGGAGCCCCCCGCGCCCUCGCAGCCUCGGACACAGGGCGCUCCAGAAGCACCGUCGCAGGCGGGGGGCGCCGGUGAGCUGCUGAGGAGGCAGGAGGAGCUGGAGAGGAAGGCUGCAGAACUGGACCGACGAGAGCGAGAGAUGCAGUCCCUCUCUGCCUCUGGAGGUAGGAGGAAGAACUGGCCCCCGCUGCCAGACAAAUUCCCGGUGGGUCCGUGUUUCUACCAGGACAUCAAUGUGGACAUCCCGGUGGAGUACCAGAAGACGGUGAAGAUCAUGUACUACCUGUGGAUGUUCCACACGGGAGUGCUGCUGGCCAACCUGGUGGGCUGCCUGGCCUGGUUCUGCAUAGACUCGUCACGCGGCAUUGACUUCGGCAUGGCCAUCCUCUGGUUCCUGAUCUUCACGCCUUGCUCUUUCGUGUGCUGGUACCGCCCCGUCUACGGCGCCUUCAGGAGUGACAGCUCCUUCAGUUUUUUUAUUUUCUUCUUCGUCUACGUCUGCCAGGUAGGCGUCUACAUCAUCCAAGCGGUGGGCUUUCCCGGGUGGGGAGCGAGCGGCUGGAUCUCCGCCCUGUCCGUCCUCAACCGCAAUGUGGUGGUCGGCGUCCUGAUGAUCCUCAUCGCCGCCCUCUUCACCUCGCUGGUGGUCAUGUCGCUCAUCAUGUUCAAAAAGGUCCACGCCAUGUACCGCACCACCGGAGCCAGCUUCCAAAAGGCCCAGCAGGAGUUUGCCACGGGGGUGAUGUCCAACAAGACGGUGCAGACGGCCGCCGCCAACGCCACCUCAAGGGCAGCCCAGGGGGCCUUCAGGGAGCAGAUCUGAGCCCUUCCUCUUUCCUCCUGACGCUUCAGCCCCAGUAAGGGAAUCAAACAGGCGACCACUCCCCCACAAUGUGUCGUUCAACUCACUGAAUGUGUGCGCCUCUUUAAAUGAUCUUUCUACUUCCUUAAUUGACAUUAGACAACAUCACCAAAUGCCAGCUAAGAAACUUGAUAUGUACCUCUGCCGCUCCCCGGCGGUGCGGUGCUGUAUUACACUAACAGAAUGCUGCGCGUUCUAUUAGCAUAAUUUUGCAUUCUUAAGAGUUCUUGUUUUUACAAUUUUAUUAGAAACGGUUCUCUAAAUUUUAAAAUAACUGGUUCUUUUAAAAAUUAUAUUUAAUGCAAUAUUUAUUUUAUAAUUCCUCAUUCCUAAUGACUGAAAGUGAAGCAGUUUAAGUCUUUUAAAGUCACAAUUUCCCAGCCUGACACUAUUCUAAUAAUUAAUGUAUAAUUAUUUACUAUUAUUACUUAAAAAACUAAGCAUAAUGACCUUGAAACAAUAAUAUGAAUACAACUAUUUGUUUGAGCUCGGUGGCCUUUAUGUCCUUCCAGUCAAGUCACACAAGCUUGCACUUUAUAAACUUCCUUGCUGGCUGCACCUUUACCUCACUUUGCCUCAGGAUGUCUUAAGUAGAAAACACUCAAAUGGGACUAAAAGAAGAAAGACGACAAGCUGACCGAAUUUGCUUCUAACACCCCAAGUGCGACAAACAACACUUCAAUCUAAAUUUUAAAAAGUACACAUAGAAAAAGUUGUAUCGGUUUGGAGAAGCAGAAAGUUAUCGGUAUUAGUUUGGGGAAAAAAGUACAUCUGUAGUCUUAAAGUAUCCGGUGAGGCCUUUUAGCGUGUAACGUAAUGAUGUAAAGUAUCCGUAAUGAUGUGAAGAAAUGUGCAGAAUACACUGCAUUGAAUCAAAAUAGUAGAAACACUGGCAAUCAAAAUGUGAAAAAAACAUGUGGAAUGAAUCUAUAUCAUAUAUUCUAUGACUGGAAUAUUUUGUAAUCUGUAGUAAAUGAAGAUUUUCUGGUUUUUUUGGGGCUUCCGUUUCAUGAUGUAAUGAUGUAAGCAGUGUAUAUUUGUUCUUGUAUUAAGAUUUAAAAAGUUCUUACCCACGUUGUUUGUUUU